AUGAGCGCUGGCAGCAUUCUCGAGCAUAUCGACGCCGUCGAUGCCGUUGCCAGGACCCUUUUCCUUCGAGCCAAGCAGUAUUCAUCCGCCUCACUCUCCGACGUCGCGACCGCCGUUCGUCAGCUCCACCUUGCCCUCCGCCACCUCCGGAUCGAAGCUGCCGACCCAGACUCCCUUCUCAACAAAGGGACCGACUCCUCGCUAUAUUCUCGCCAGGUGCCGUCUCUCGUCGAGGACUGCGACUUUGUUCUUAGGCAGCUUCUCGCCGUGCUCGACAGGUAUGACACCAACGACGGUCGAGAUGUAGCCGUUCUGGCCGAUCGCGUCAUGGCCAUCCGCGCAAGGCUUGCAAACGAGAAGACAAAUGUCGAAAUGUUCUUGGACACCGUUCAGCUUCACCUCCCGGCCAACAUGCGCUCUGCCGGAUCCGCUCUCGGCGACGGCGCCGGUCUUGAUGACAUAAAGGACAAGGUGGAUAAGAUUGCGGCUGGCCUCUUUGGUCGCCGAGACAUCGCCGGAACUGCCGACGAUGACGACCGACUUUGGCAGGACUUCAAGUCGGAGCUCGAAAACGAAGGUUUUUCCUCUCAGGUCUUGUCUCGACACAAGGAGGUGCUUCGUGCCUAUAUUCUUGAACUUGCAUCCGUCUCUCGCCUCACAGGCGGAGAUCCGCCGCCAGUACGUCAACUUCUCGAACUUGAGCAGGAUACGAAGGACUCCGUCCUACCGCCUGUGCCUCCCAAAGUUCUCCCGCUUGAGACGAAGCAUCCGUCCUUGGAAAGCGAAAAGUCUUUCCCGAGCACGAGGAACGCCCAACGUAUGGCGGGAGAGGCGUCAACGACUAGGACACCCCAGAAGGAAUCGUAUUCAUUUUCGUCGGACGAUGGAGCGACAAGCAAAAGCAACUCCAUGGCCUUGAUGUCCACCAAGGACUUGAUGGUCAUGGAUCAUCUUCAUGCUGACAUGGCGAGGAUGCGACUCAAUCCACUCGUCCCCCGCGGUCAUGGCGCGGAGCCGCGGAGCCGCCAGAGUCGCGGUACCUCAGAUGCCACUGGCGCGCGCCUACUCGCCUCUGUACCCGAUCUCGCUGGCUCCCCCGACUCGCUCGUUCUUGGCUCCUCGCCCAACUACGUCCUCGCGUUGCCACCGUAUUCCAACCUGAGCUCCGGCACCAGCCAGAGGCCAGUGCCUCCUCGCAUCGCACCCGAUCGCUACGGCCAGGAGAUCCCGCUCGAUGCGCCGUGGACCAAGAUAAAGCGUACGCUUGUUAGCCCGGAGGUUCUAGAACGUGCCGGCGUUCGAUACGAGGCUCGCCCGGAGUAUGUUGCCGUCCUUGGGCGCCUAUCUCGCGAGCAGAUUGCCGAGUAUGCCCGACAGAGCGCGGAAUGCCGCGCCGCAAGAUCCGGAAACCCUACGCAGCCGAGGGUGGGUGGCAUGAAUCGUUCAGGAUCCAAGAGCAGCCGCGACGACGACGACGAGGACGAGAGCGAGCUGUGGGAUGAGAGUGACACCAGUGACGAGGACGACAGAGCAGCAGACAAGGGCACAAGGAGGUACCCGUACAUCGUCAGCCCCCCGAGCAAGAACAAGACGUCGCCAGCUAGCACCGCCAUGCCGAAGCCCAUCCUGAAGAAUAAGAACGAAAAUCGUGUGCGUUUCGAUCCCGAACCUCAAGAAUUUGAGGCGCGGAGCUCCAGGUCUUUCAAGGAAGAACGGGACCGUCGAAGUGAUUAUGCUCCCAGGAAACCCCGCGACCAGCGGGACCGGGAACCCUCAAGCCGCAACCGCGACGGCUAUCGGCGUGAAGGUGGCGAGCGGGACCGCCAUGGCAGUGAUUACCAUCGAUCCUCUCACCGUGCAGACCGCGACCGGCGAGGGGAUCGGAGAGAGGACCGGGCCGCGAGGAAACGUGCUUGGGGCGGCACUAUCGGUGCCGUUGGCAUCGGCGGGGCCGCUGCCAGUCUUAUCGGGGUACUGACGGAAGCUGCCGUCGGAAUAUGA